AUGGUCGCCUCGUGCCCGCCUCGUUCGUCCUGGAAUCAUCGACUGUCGUGUUGAGCGAUCGCCAUGGCCACCGAGCGCGACACGUCCUGCGCCGCUGCCGAAGACGGCCCGCCGUCCCCUUCCGCCAAUCCGACCCCGGCCGAGCACGGCCAACUCCGACCGACCCGGCCGCGCGAAACCGCCUAAGUCCGCCCGCCGCCCAACUCAUUCCGCACCGUCACCGCCUCGCCGCACGGUAGACUUCCUUCUGGGGGGGAUAGUGUCAGGAGCACAGCCUGCACUGCCAUCAAUACUCGAAGGAAGUCUCCCAAGUUUGCGGCCGGAGUCGACAUCAGCUACCGGUUUGUUCGUUGCAAGCAUUGUCGGCGCGAUGGUGUAGUCGUGAGGGCGCGCGGGCGCGCACUCAGUGGUCGAGGGUUCGAUCCGCCCGGAGCGUGAUCUGCCUUUUGGUUUCUUUUCCUUUUUGUUAUCCGAGGCCCGGCUUCGGGGUUUUUACCGGUGCCUUGCAGGCAAUCCUUUUUACCCCUGAAGCGACCUCGUGGUGUAGUUAUUUGAUUCAGUCUUUCCUUCGCUCGGAGCACUUCCCUCCUUUUGCUUUUGCCACCCUUCCCCUAGAGCUUGGUCCACUCAUUAUCAUGACUCGUACCCUCCCUCUUUUUACCCAUUUCGCUGGCAAUUAAGUCCGUUACACUUGAUUUGCUGCGAAGCCUUCCGACCGAAUCCACUCCUCGGUUGCUCUCGGUCGACUGCCGCCGCCCAGCCGACUCGACCUUCCCAUCGGCCUGGUCAGCUAUUUCUUGGAUCGUUUGCCCUUCCUCUUUUGUCCGACCUCGUUGGCCACCAUAGUCCGGUACACUGGACUUGCUGCGAGCCUUGCAGCCGCGUAUCCUCCGCGGUUGCCUCUCGGUCGACUUCCGCCGCCCAGCCGACUCGACCUUCCCACCGGCCUGGUCAGCUAUUUCUUGGAUCGUUUGCCCUCCCUCUUCUGUCCGACCUCGUUGGCUACCAUAGUUCGGUACACUGGACUUGCUGCGAACCUUGCAGCCGCGUAUCCUCCGCGGUUGCCUCUCGGUCGACUGCCGCCGCCUCGGUCGACACCCCCUUCGCUCCUUCGCGCUUUCGCGCGCUCUCUCGCUCUCUCCCUCGUCUCUCGCGUGUAGUCAUCGUCAUCCCCUCCGACGUUGCCUGUCACAAAACUUGGCUAGCCGAGGUUGAACUCGAGACGGGUGCGACGCUGAAGGUCCUCCGAACCGACAACGGUGGCGAAUACUGUUCGAGAGCGUUCACAGAGUUCUGCAAGACACGAGGCACCCGUCGACAAUACUCUAUCCCACGCACGCCUCAACAGAACGGUCGUGCAGAGCGGGUCAAUCGUUCCAUUGUCGAAGGCGUCCUUGCCCUCCUUGUCGACGCCCACCUACCCAAGACAUUCUGGGAGGAGGCUGCAGCUUAUUUCGUUUACUGCAAGAACCUGUGUCAACACGCGGCCCUGGACAAGGCAACACCAAACUCCGUCUGGCAGGGUGACCACACCACUGCCUCGGCGCUUCACCCGUUCGGCUGUACAGCUUGGCUUACGGUCGCGCCCGAACUUCGCUCCAAACUCGACCCGAAGGCGGUUCGCGUUUUUUUCACCGGCUACGACCUGGCUUCAAAAGCCUUUCGCUUCUACGACACUACAACACAGAAGAUUAUACUUGGCAGAAAUGCCACGUUCCUCGACACUGAAUUCCCCGGAUUACAUGGCGACCCCACUGAGCAAGACGGCGACACGCACUUCGCCAGCGCUCCCACCACCGAAUCUCAAACCGUUGUCAAGACAUGGACCCCACUAGUAAGGUCGGCGCACAUGGACGUCUCAUCCCCCCUUGAUGAUUCUGCCAUGAGCGCCGUUGACGUGGCCCCAGGGUACACUGGCGGAACCUUACUUAACUUCACAGAUGCCGAAUCGUCCUCGUCACCGUCGCCUGCGUCGCCCUCAUCACCGUCGUCUGCGCCAUCGCCUGCACUUUCACCAUCGUCGGCUGCGUCAUCGUCACCCUCGGCCUUACCGACCGACUCUGAAGACUCCGCCGAUCCCCUCGACCUCCUCGGCUCACAGCCCCAGGUUCGCCUCGAUCUACAGGACGUGCACCACCCAGACUUCAGCACGUACCGCGAGCCCGCAUCGGCUGAGGAGUCGCCCGACGAACUCGACCUCAUUGGGCGCCACUCUCGCGACGAAUCUCCGGACGAAAUCGAUUUCCUCACCCGACACCACCGCGCCUUCAUCGCCAUCGACGACGACACCUCUGACACAGAGGCAAUUCAGCCAGUCAAGUCCAUCACGAGCGACCCACAGACCUGGCGCGAGGCGAUGUCUAGCGACAAGCGUGAAGUAUGGGCCAAAGCCGCCACCGACGAGUUCACCUCCAUGCGCGACGACUUCAAGGUCUUCACCAUCGAGGACCGAGCCACGGUGCCCGCGGGUGCGACUAUCGUUACAUCCAAGUUCGUCUGGAAAACGAAACGGAACGCACUCGGCGAAGUCACUGGACACAAGGCAAGGCUGGUCGCGCAAGGCAAUCGGCAACGCGACGGCAUCGACUUCAACGAAACGUUCGCACCGGUCGCACGCUUCUCCUCGAUACGCUCACUCCUCGCGCUGGCGGCCGCCAACGGCUUGCACGUGCACCAGGCGGACAUCGACAAAGCAUAUCUGCAUGGCGACCUUGACCACGACAUCUGGAUGACGGCACCGCGCGGCUUCGACCUUCCCAGCGACAAGGUGCUUCGCCUGCGACGCUCCAUCUACGGGCUCAAACAGGCUGGCCGAAUCUGGAAUCGACACAUCGACGCUUCGCUUCGGGCCCUCGGUUACACGGCGACGGGCACCGACCACUGCGUAUACUCUUGGCUCGAUGAUCGUCAAUGUCCACACUACAUCGCACUGUACGUCGACGACCUCCUGAUGAUCAGCCCGGAACUGGCCGAAAUCGAACGUGUCAUCUCAGGCCUGGACCAACGCUACGGAGUCAAGCGCCUCGGCCCGGCCGAGUAUAUCCUCGGCAUCCAGAUCAGGCGGUUCGACGACGGCUCUAUCGCCCUAUCCCAGGAACGGUACAUCAUGGACGUGCUCGCUCGGUUCCACUUCGACACCACGACUCGCGGCACUACAGUUCCGAUGACUCCCGGCCUUUCGCUCACUGCUAUCCCGGGUCAAGGCACCGAACGGAUCAGGUCAUGGUAUCUGCAGGCUAUCGGCUCGCUCCUCUACAUUUCGCUCGGUACCCGCCCUGACAUCGCCUUCGCCGUGUCCUACCUGGCCCGCUUCGCCAACAACCCCGGUCGUCGUCAUUGGAUUGCGGUCAAGCACAUCCUACGCUAUCUCCGGGCCACGUAUCGCAACGAACUCGUGUAUGCUCGCGGCCAGGCUCGCAUCACGGGUGUGGUAGGCUACUCCGACGCGAACUGGGGGGCCUGCAUCGACACAUCGGUGUCCACCAUGGGCUACGUCUUCUACAUCGCUGGCUCGGCCGUGUCCUGGUCGUCCAAACGCCAGUCUCGAGUUGCCGAUUCGACCACCGACGCUGAAUACCUCGCCCUCUCGCAUGCUGGCAAGGAAGGGAUUUACCUCAGUCAGCUGCUCGAAGAGCUCCAUGUACAACCUGUUGCACCGGCUCACAUCUUUACUGACAACGAAGCCGCUGCUGCAGUUGCUCACGAUCCUGUCCGCGUCUCUGGCACUCGGCACAUACGCUUGCGUGAGCACUUCGUUCGGGACAUGGUGAAUCGGGGCGACAUCUCUCUCUCGCAUGUGGGUACCAGCGACAUGGUGGCCGACAUCUUCACCAAGGCUCUCGGCCCAAAGGUCUUCUCAACGCACUGCUACGCCCUCGGCCUUCGCACUCGACACCCGCGGCUUGGGUCUGCCUCGCAUUCGCGUGGGGGGGGGUGUGAAGAGUCCACUCUCAGCUCGACAGGGGCGCCUCGGUCGUUGCGCGCACUUGCUAGCCCGCCCCCGGCGGUGGGGACUUAGACGCGCGCGACUGCCUCAGCGCGCCAGCGCCGGCGGAUUCAUGCGCGCGCCCGCUAGCCCGCCCCCUUGCGGUGGGGACUUAGGCGCGCCGGCGAUUUCACCCGCGGCUGACUUAGGGAUGUACAUUGUCACGCGCCUGGGACUAUCCCAGCGUGGCCCCCCCCUUUCUGUUUCUUAGCUUCCUUCUCAUCACUUCUGUUCGACUCUCAACCUCUCCUGACAGUAGUGGUGAACGUCUCAUAGGUACGCUGAAAUAGAUCACUUCUGUUCGACUCUCAACCUCUCCUGACAGUAGUGGUGAACGUCUCAUACGCCCCUGCCGUCAAGACGAGGACCCCACUAGUAAGGUCGGCGCACAUGGACGUCUCAUCCUCCCUUGAUGAUUCUGCCAUGAGCGCCGUUGACGUGGCCCCAGGGUACACUGGCGGAACCUUACUUAAUUCCACAGAUACCGAAUCGUCCUCGUCACCGUCUCCUGAGCCGUCCUCGUCACCGUCGCCCACAAACCCUUUGUCACCGUCGCCUGCGCUGUCACCGUCGUUGGCAGCGUCAUCGUCACCCUCGGUCUCACCGACCGACUCUGACUACUCCGCCGACCCUCUGGACCUCAUCGGCUCACAGACCCCGACUCGCCUUGGCCCACCGGACGUGCACCGCCCAGACUUCAGCACGUACCGUGAGCCCGCAUCGGCUGAGGAGUCGCCCGACGAACUCGACAUCAUUGGGCGUCACUCGCGCGAUGAAUCGCCGGAUGAAAUCGAUUUCCUCACCCAACACCACCGCGCCUUCAUCGCCACAGACGACGACGACCCCACCCUCGACGCCAUCGAGCCCGUCAAAUCGAUCACUAGCGACCCCCAGACCUGGCGCGAAGCAAUGUCCAGCGACGAGCACAACAUCUGGGCUGAGGCCGCCGCCGCCGAGUUCACCGCCAUGCGCGACGACUUCAAGGUGUUCACCAUCGAGCCUCGCUCAUCUGUACCGCCGGGCGCCACCAUCGUCACCUCCAAAUUCGUCUGGAAGACCAAGCGCAACGCAAGCGGUGAAGUCACGGGGCGGAAGGCACGUCUUGUAGCGCAGGGUAACCGACAGCGCGACGGCAUCGACUUCUCAGAAACCUUCGCACCCGUCGCCCGUUUCUCCUCCAUUCGCUGCCUCCUGGCUCUUGCCGCUGCCAAUGGCUACCACGUUCAUCAGGCCGACAUCGACAAGGCUUACCUCCACGGCGAGCUCGAUCAUGAUAUCUGGAUGACGACACCACGCGGUUUCGACUUCCCGAGCGAUAAGGUUCUCCGGCUGCGACGCUCAAUCUACGGUCUCAAGCAGGCCGGUCGCAUCUGGAAUCGUCACAUUGACACAUCACUCAGGAAUCUGGGGUACAAGGCAACAGGCACUGAUCACUGCAUUUACUCUCGCAUUGACGAUCAGCAGCGGCCUCACUAUAUCGCCUUGUAUGUCGACGACCUCCUCAUUGUCAGUCCAGCCCUCGACGAGAUCGAACGUGUCAUCUCCGGCCUUGAACAGCGGUACGGCGUCAAACGACUCGGCCCCGCGGAGUACAUCCUCGGAAUCCAAAUACGCCGCCUGGACGACGGUUCCAUUGCUCUAUCCCAGGAGCGCUACAUCAUGGACGUGCUGGCCCGUUUCCACUUCGACACCACGACACGCGGCACUACGGUGCCGAUGACGCCCGGCCUCUCGCUCACGGCAAUUCCGGGUCAGGGAACGGAGCGCAUUCGUUCGUGGUACCUACAGGCCAUCGGCUCCCUCCUCUACAUCUCCCUUGGCACUCGACCCGACAUUGCCUUCGCCGUCUCGUACCUGUCCCGGUUCGCCAACAACCCCGGCCGCCGCCAUUGGAUUGCCGUCAAACACGUCCUUCGCUACCUUCGCGCCACGUACCGCGAUGAGCUUCUCUAUGCCCGCGGCCCAGCAAAAGUCACGGGUGUGGUUGGUUAUUCUGAUGCGAACUGGGGCGCCUGCGUCGACACAUCCAUUUCAACGAUGGGCUACGUAUUUUACUUGGCAGGCGCCGCUGUCUCUUGGUCGUCGAAGCGUCAGACUCGGGUAGCGGAUUCCACCACUGAUGCCGAGUACCUGGCCUUGUCGCACGCGGGUAAGGAAGCGAUCUACCUUAACCAACUCCUCUCCGAGCUCCACGUUUGCCCAAUCGCUGCAGCUCACAUCUUCACCGACAACGAGGCCGCGGCCGCCGUCGCUCACGACCCCGUUCGCACCUCCGGCACCCGGCACAUUCGCCUCCGCGAGCAUUUUGUCCGUGACAUGGUCAAUCGAGGUGAUAUCUCUCUCUCACACGUUGGCACAGCAGACAUGGUUGCGGACGUAUUCACCAAAGCGCUAGGCCCCAAGAUUUUUGGUACACAUUGCUAUGCUCUAGGCCUCCGGACGCGACAUCCACGGCUCAAGUCUACCUCGCGUUCGCGUGGGGGGGGGUGUGAGGAAUCCACUCUCCGCUCGGCUCAGGACUUAGGCGCGCGGAGCGAACCGGGCGCGGACUUAGGCGCGCGGAGUGAGCCGGGCGCCCCGGCCCAGGACUUAGGCGCGCGAAGCGAGCCUGGGACUUAG